CCUUUGCUCCUCGUUUGAACGAGCGCUUCCGGGUGUGUGCUCUGCCUGCCUUUGUAUGAGUGUGUGUGUGCGGUUUGUUUGGGUGUCACCGCAGGGUGCCGUCAGCACAUAACUCCUUCUAAUAGUCCCUACCUCUAUCUGUUUCAAACACUCCGGGUCCCAAGAUGGACUUUCCCUUGUCCUCUGACAUCACCCGCGUGACUUCAAAACAAACCGAACGGGUUUCGUCCCCGUGAUUUCCACCGGUAGAGACACCUGUUGCACCAGUUCCGCGUUCAGGAGAGGAAGGCGGACUACUACUACUGCUGCUCGGCGGGACAGGUGCACCUCUCGUCCCCCAACCCCCCGGACGGCUUUGGAUUGUACGCUGUCAACGUGUUAAUAGGAAUAUAUAUAUUGGACUUUUAUUGUGAAGCGCCAUGAAAGUGACGGUAACUUUCGGAGACACGGCGGUCGUUGUCCCGUGCAAGGAUGGCUGGACGGUGCGGGAUGUGACCGAUCAAGCCACGCGCAGAUACCGGAAGAUCUUAGAGAAGGCUCAGCAUUUGGAGUAUGUGGUCAGGAUCCAUCACGUGGAGUACGAUGAGGGCGGGAUCCUGGACAUGGACGACCCAAUCACAGACCUGUUGGAGGACAAGGACCGGCUGGUGGCUGUGUUUGAGGAGGAGUCGCGAGGCAGGGCGUCCAGUCCUCAAGGCAGCGUCUCCUCCAAUGGGCACGCUAGUCCCGCCCCGUUCCUGGAGCCCCUCCAAUACAACUCGCACUUCAUGCCGCAGCAGCCAAUCAGAGCGGAGAUCGAGGUCAACGAAGCCGUGCUCAAAAGCAACACUCCUCUUCUGGUGAGGAGCAGCAGUGACUCAGCAUUGGCUCCGCCUCUGGAAGUGAUUGCCCCGCCCCCACAUGAAGACCUCGGAGCACCUGACGCAGAUGUCCACUCCGUGCUGAAGGGGGCUUUGCCCCGGACCACGCGACAGGACCAACCCACCGGCAAGAUGCCCAAGGUCAACUUCAGCCCUCUCACCAAGACGGUGGCGUUCUCUGGGGACCAGGGCCCUCUGGGAAUCCACGUGGUCCCCUACAACUCCUCCCUCAGCGGACGGAGCCUGGGUCUGCACAUCAAGGGCAUCGAGCCCAACAGCCGUUCCCGUAGAGACGGGAUCUUCCAGGAGGACGAGUGCAUCGUUCAGAUCAACGACACCCCCCUGCUGGACAAGACCUUCGCCGAGUCGCAGGAGGCCUUCCGUCAGGUGCUGGGCUCCCCCCGCGUGCACCUGCAGGUCCUCUCGGUGACCAACAAGCCGCGCUACGAGAAGAGCCUGAUUGGCCAGCUCUUCACCGGCGACGCCCCGCCCGGCCCGGCCCCGACGACCGACAGCCCGCAGCUCCUGCGUCCCGCCCCCGCCCCCGCCACGGCCAAACCGGGCCCCCCCGCCCCCCCGAAGACCCAAGUCCGCCCCAAGACCCCCGAUCCUUCGCUUGAGCCCCUCUACCCCGCGCCGGGGUCCCGAGGGGGGCGGCGGCGGCGGCAGCGGCGCCCUCCGCAGGGCGGGCCCCUCACCGCACGCCGACCCCCCCGCUUGCCGGGUGCCGGCCCCCGGGGACAGAGCCCGCCCCCGGCGACGGUGCCACGGGGGGGCGGGCCGGCGGCGCCUCCUCCCGCCACAGGACGGGCCCCGCGAGCCACGCCCACCCCCCCGCUGCCGGCCGUCGGGCCCCGGGGACAGACCCCGCCCCCCCCCGCGAAGGGCCCGGUGGGGGCGGGGCCACGGAAGGGAGGGAAGAGGCUGAACAUAGAGCUGCAGAAAGGCUCGGAGGGCCUGGGCUUCACCGUGGUCACCAGGGACUCUGCGCUCCACGGCCCCGGGCCCAUCCUGGUCAAGAACAUCCUGCCCCGGGGGGCCGCCAUCCGGGACGGGCGCCUGCAGCCCGGGGACCGCAUCCUGGAGGUGAACGGCGUGGACAUGACUCUGCGGACCCAGGAGCAGCUGGUGGGUCUGCUGCGCAGCACCCGGCAGGGAGAGAGCGUGUACCUGGUGGUGGCCCGCCCCGAGGAGGGCUCUCUGCCCCGCGAGCUGCUCCAUGACAUGUAG